UGUCAGGAAGUGAGUGAUGAAAACGAAGAAGAGAAGAUUUUGAGAGAUGAGUCGGAUUUAUGAUAACAAACCUCUACGGAGUGUACCCGUCAAUAAUGUCAACUGGCCGUCUGUGUGGAACGUGGCCUCGUUUAGAAAAGGAAAUGGCCUACUUCUUGAAGCCGUUAUCAGACAGAGAUCUCGUUUUUGUUUAACAGACUCGGCUAAAAAUAAGUUCAGGUACUUUGUGUUCCAUGUGGAAAUCAGCAAAGCCCAUCGAAGACAGUUUGAUUCCUCAGGGAAAGAGAUUGAACCAAACUUCAGCCAAACGCAAAAAAUAUCAACUGGUUACUUACCCUCUUCGUACAAGGUGGAGUCUAAAGGUGAAACAGACAAGGUGUCAAACAAGGAAGCAGAAAAACUGCUGACAUCAGGCGACCUGACAUUUGUCACAACGUCAUACUGUCCAUCAAAUUGUGUGUCACUGUGGAUUGAGGAGUCUGCUCUUCAGAACAUUGAACUUGAUGUGGAUGACGAAGUUAGGGUCAAAACAGAUGGAAAUUCACCAUUUAUCUAUAACAUAGCAAAGGUAGAUACUCAAUCUGUGACGGUGUCAAACUAUGCUGGAGGUGGCUGUGGGGGUUCGUGGACUGACAAGAUCAUGUCAAUGAAGGGUGGAGCAGGGGGGGAUAACCCAUCCUCUCAGGCGGACAAUGAGGGUGCUGAUGAAGAUGAAUGGGGGGAUUAA